UUUCAAUUCUCAAUUUCUAAUAUCAAAUUUUGGAACUUCAACAACAGGACUAUGUCUUAUCAUGUAACAAAGCAUUUCAUAAUUGAUACUCCAUCGAUAUUGCACUUUUAAUUCUUUCUAUUCCCUCAUUCAAAACCAUAUAACAAGACUCCAUAAUGAUGAAUGAAGACUCCUUGCAAGUCUGCAUUACUCAUCUUACGACACGUUUCCACAAAAGAAAAAUUGUCCUUUCGUGCUCGUUUUUCCCCAACAAAUUACAAUUUCCUUCGAAUAAGUAUUGCAAAUAAUUGGUUACAAUUUCAUACAAUAUAACGAGCCAUUUUCUGAGGAUAUAAGACGACGAUUCUAACAAGCCUCUUCAGUUAUCGAACCAGUCGCUACGUGGAGUUUGAUGCUUUUCUGCAACGAAGAUGAAGACCAUAUCAGUCGUUUUCAUAUUCGCAAUCUGUAUUUUUUUUGUACAAGUACUUGCCGAAGAUAAAUACACGACAAAGUAUGACAAUGUCGACAUCGAUGUGAUACUGAACAACCACAGACUUCUGAAUGGAUAUGUGAACUGUUUGUUGGAUCGUGCGGCUUGUACUCCGGAUGCUGCUGAACUCAAAAAAAAUCUUCCCGAUGCUUUGGAACACGAAUGUUCAGCUUGCAGCGAGAAACAGAAAGAAAUAGCUGAUAAAGUCUCCCAUUAUUUAAUCGACAACAGAGUCGAAGAUUGGAGUCUUUUGGAAGCAAAAUAUGAUCCAUCGGGUGCAUAUAGACAGCGUUAUUUGGAAUCCCGUGUCAAAGAGAAAUCUAUAGAUUAACCUGUACGCGUCUGACAUGUUGGCAUGCGAAUAAAAUUCGUAUUACAAUCGGCUGUCAACGAGAUAUGGGCAACACUUGUUUAAAUAUGC